AUGGAUGAUGAUAGUCAUAUACUUAUUGAUGAUAUUACUAGUAUGUCCCAUGAAAUGUAAAUCGAUGAAACAAUAAUAAAACAAUACAAAAAAUAAAGGUUAUUGGGGGUUGGAGCUUAUGGGAAAGCAUACCUUGUGACUUCUGACGACGAAAAUCAAAUUAAAUACGUUAUGAAGGUAUUGCCUCAAUCACCUUCAGCCAAACAAGAAGCAUUAAUACUGCAAAAUCUGAGACACGAGAACAUCAUCUAAUACGUAGAAACAUUUGUAGAUAGCAAAAAUAGAUUAUGCAUAAUAAUGGAAUAUGCCAAUAAUGGCACUUUAGGGUAAUACAUAAAGUCAAGACAAUAGCCAUUACCUGAAACACAAAUUGUUGAUUGGUUUACUUAGUUAUGUUUAGCAAUUUAAUGCGUUCACUCAUAGAGAAUUAUCCAUCGAGACAUAAAAGCGGAGAAUGUAUUUUUGCAAGAUGACAAAUUGAAAUUAGGGGACUUCGGGAUUGCAAGAUCUGUUGAGUAGACUCUUGCAACCACUUUUAUAGGAACUCCUUACUACUUGUCCCCUGAAAUAAUAUAAAACUAGCCUUAUUCUUAUAAGAGUGAUAUCUGGGCUUUAGGAGUGUUACUAUACGAAAUGUGCACAUUUAAAUACCCAUUUUAAGCUGAAUCAUUACCAGGUCUGGCUACUAAAAUUAUAAAAGGGAAAAUUCAACCAAUAAGUGCGUAAGUCUAUUCAUAAAAUAUGAAAAACUUAAUUUAAAGUCUGUUAUAGAUUGAUCAAAAUAAAAGACCAUCAAUUGAAUAGAUUUUAUGUAUUAUUUAAUCAUUACUUAGAAAAUCAAAUAAUCUAAAAUAGGAUUAAAUAAUUAAAUAUUAAAUAGUAACCAAUAACAAAGCCAGCAGCAUUACUGAUGUAAAAGAAAUAGUAACAUUAGGUUAUUAUAAAAAAGGAUGA